AUGCUGGCGCUGGUGGCGGGGUCUCUAGUGACCCAUGGUGCCUGCCAGUGCUCGGAUGAGCACAGUCGAGCGUGCGGAGCGCGGGUUUCGGACCUUAUCACUCCUACCGAUGCAUCGGCCUCGGGCCGUGUACUAAUGCAGCUGAGUUCUUUGCGUGAUCCUUGGGACUCCGCUGCAUCUACCGAUUCAUCCAAGACCGCAUCGUACCUGUCCUGGCAGCUGCUGUAUUUUUCGCACGGCAACCGUGCACUCUUAGAGGACGGCAGUUCUGAAGGCGGCACGCUGGGGAUCUUGCUCACCUGCUUCACUGUGCUCCUGGCAGUGUGCGUCUGCCUCUGCGCCUGGCGGAGUGCUCCGGAACCCGGGCCCAAGCUACCGCCAGGCCCGUCCAUGCGGCCGACGCUGGAACCGUCCAAAGGGAGACCUUCGUGCUUGUCGCCCAUCCCCCAGGCGCCCUCAGAGGCGGAGCGCUCGGAGAACUCGGAGCCGUCCGCCUUGCCGACGGCCACCCGGGUCUUCAGCGGGCGGCAGGUCUGCUGCCCAGAUCUGAUGGUGCCCCGCGGCUCACAGAGCGUGCUGGGGGUGCCGAGCCUCAAGGAGCAGCGGGCCCAGCUUCUGGACGUGGUGGACCCGAUUGGCAUGCCAAUCCUGAAGGUGGAGGUGCUACGUGCACAGGACCCCUCGCCCCGGGUGUCCUUGAUCCAGUCGGCCUCCUCCCCGGGUUCCGCCAUCUUGCCACCCGGAGCGACCCGGCGCCCGCUGCUGGCCCUACGAAACCUGCGCCCGGAGGGCCUGGACCGGCGCCUGGGCAACGAGCCGAACGCCAUGGCGGUGGCCUUUCAGAGGGGCGAGGCCCUGGAGAUCUGCACGCCGGAGCUGAGCAUCUUCGGGGUCCUGGAGAAGGAGGAGAGCCCCAUGGGCCUCCGCUUUGUCCUGCGGGUGGGCAGUGAAGCAGUGACAAGUAUCAUCUUCCAGGGCACCAGCGUCCACAGCGGGCUGGCGGUGACGGAUGCGGCGAACAAGAUCCUGGCGAGGACCCAGGCCGGGCGGUUGAAGUUCGAAGCGGGGGGGAGGUUUUACAGCCUCCAAGUCCAUGCCGGGGUGGACGUUGGGGUGCUGCUGUGCUGCCUUCUCUUCAUCGAUGGCCUCGGGGCAGGGCUCUUUUGA